AUGCGAAGCAUGCCAACUUCAUGUGAACUACAUCCAUCAGCCGUUGGAGCCCCUGCACCCUACAGUCGCUCCUGGCCUUUUGAUGCAUGGGGACUCAACGUUGUAGGACCAUUGCCUAAGUCAUUGGGGGGUCACCUGUACAUAUUAGCUGCGAGCGACUAUUUUUCUAAAUGGGCGGAAGCCAUACCUCUCAGGGAAGUAAAAAAGGAAAAUGUAGUGAACUUCAUCCGGACUCACUUGAUCUAUCGGUAUGGUGUCCCUCGCUAUAUCAUCACGGAUAACGGUAAGCCAUUCUACAAUAGUAUGGUGACCCAACUAUGCAAGAAGUUUGAGUUCAAGCAAUACAAGUCAUCCAUGUAUAAUGCACCAGCCAACGGUGUUGUUGAGGCUUUCAACAAGACGCUUUGCAAUUUGUUGAAAAAGGUAGUAAAGCGCUCAAAGAGGGAUUGGCAAGAAAAUAUUGGAGAAGCUUUAUGGGCAUACCGAAAAACAUACAAGACAUCCAUGCAAGCCACUCCUUAUUCAUUAGUAUAUGGUGUCGAAGCAAUCAUACCUUCAGAGCAACAAAUUCCAUCACUUCGAAUUGCUAUCCAAGAAGGGCUCACAAAUGAAGAAAAUGCACAAUUAAGACUCGAAGAGUUGGAAGCACUUGAUGAAAAGAGAUUGGAAGCUCAACAACGUCUUGAAUGCUACCAAGUGCGGCUUUCGCAAGCGUUCAACAAGAGAGUCUAA